UUCUCUCGUUUAUUUACUAUCGAAAUCUAGUUCAUACCUUCUAAUUUGAGAUUUGACUAAAUAGCACAUCAUAACCAAAGAAGAAUCAAGGGAGACAAAUCAAUUGCAUGCAAGUGAAGAAAUGGAUUCCAAUGAUGAGAGCCUUCCUCUGAAUACCUUCCAUGUCCAAAAGCUGUUGCUUAUCAUCAACAGGUUACACAUGCUACUCCACUCCACAGCUUUACUCUUCUUGUUGCAUUACAGGGUGUGCUUUCUUUUCCAACACUCAGAGAGCAGAGAAAGCCACUUGCUACCAUGGCUACUUGUUUUUGCUUCAGAAAUCAUUCUCUCCUUCAUUUGGAUCCUUAACCAAGCCUAUCGUUGGCGUCCCGUUUCGCGUUCUGUCUUCCCACAAAGAUUGCCACAAGAUGACAAACUUCCUACUAUUGAUGUGUUCAUAUGCACUGCAGAUCCAACUAAGGAACCCACUUUGGAUGUGAUGAACACUGUUUUAUCAGCCAUGGCACUUGAUUACCCCACAGAGAAGCUUCAUGUGUAUCUUUCAGAUGAUGGGGGGUCCCCUGUGACUCUGCAUGGGAUGAGGGAGGCUUGGAAAUUUGCUAGGUGGUGGCUUCCCUUUUGUAGAAGGUACAAAAUAAGGGACAGGUGCCCCAAGGCUUACUUUUCUUUGGAGGAUGAUGAUCAUAGUGAUUUUGCCAGGAGUAGUAGUUUGUACAUGGCAGAUAAGCAAAAGAUCAAGGAAAAGUAUGAGGCUUUCAAAGAAGAGAUAAAGACAUUCAGAAAAGAUAAGGCAUUUUCCAGAGAUCACCCAUCUGUCGUUGAGUUGAUGCAAGAAAGUAUCAGUGAUGAUGUAGAUGAUGUCAAAAUGCCUCUCCUUGUCUAUGUUUCUCGUGAGAAAAAGCUUUCUCAUCCCCAUCAUUUCAAGGCUGGAGCCCUCAAUGUCCUUCUUCGUGUCUCUUCCGUGAUGAGCAAUUCUCCAUACAUUUUAGUUCUAGAUUGUGACAUGUUCUGUAAUGAUCCAACUUCUGCUCGAUAUGCCAUGUGCUUUCACCUGGAUCUGAAGAUAUCAUCCUCCUUGGCUUUUGUUCAAUUUCCUCAGAAAUUUUACAACAUUAGCAAGAAUGACAUCUAUGAUAGUCAGAUGAGAUCAUUAUUUACAGUACAAUGGCAAGGUAUGGAUGGGCUUAAGGGACCAGUGAUGUCAGGAACUGAUCUGCUGAAACUUAAAGAAUACUUUGGUACAUCUAAUGAAUUCAUCAGAUCACUAACUCAAAACUAUACAAGGGAUUUGGCAUUUGGUAAAAAUGAAUUGCUAGAAGAGCCUCACUUGUUGGCUUCUUGUGAGUAUGAAAUUGGCAGUAAAUGGGGACAAGAGGUUGGUUUCUUAUAUGGUACUGUAGUAGAAGACUACCUUACUGGAUUUGUUUUGCAUUGUAACGGAUGGACUUCAGUUUUCUGUGAACCAUCUAGACCACAGUUCCUAGGUUCAGCUACUACAAAUUUGAAUGAUAUACUAAUCCAAGGCACUAGAUGGUACUGUGGUUUGUUCGAAAAUGGCAUAAAUAGGUUUUGCCCCCUUAUAUAUGGGCCUUCAAGAAUGCCACUUCUCCAGAGUCUAUGUUUUGCAGAGCUCACAUAUUUCCCUCUUUAUUGCUUGCCACUUUGGUGUCUUGCUACUAUCCCUCAGCUCUGUCUUCUAAAUGGAAUACCCUUGUACCCUAAGGUUUCAGACCCAUUUUUCAUUGUUUUUGUAUUCAUCUUCCUAUCAGCUCUUCUAAAAGAUUUGCAUGAAGUCUUCUUAACUGGUGGAACACUCCAUAAGUGGAUAAACGAGCAGAGGACUCUUCUAAAAGAUUUGCAUGAAGUCUUCUUAACUGGUGGAACACUCCAUAAGUGGAUAAACGAGCAGAGGAUCUGGAUGAUGAAAUCCGUUACUUGCCAUCUAUAUGGAUGUUUGGAUGCUCUACUAAAGAAAGUUGGAAUAAGAGAAGCUAGUUUCUUGCCCACUAAUAAAUCAGAGGAUAAUGAACAAACUUUGUUGUAUCAGAUGGAUAAAUAUGAUUUCCAAGCAUCAAAUAUCUUCAUAGUUCCAAUGCUUGCCCUCUUCACUAUCAACAUUUCUUGCUUCGUAGGAGGAGUCUACAGAGUGUUCUUGGUCGGUGAUUGUGACAAAAUGUUUAUACAGCUUUUCCUUGCAGUUUUUAUUAUUAUUGUCAACUACCCUAUCAUUGAAGGGCUGGUGAUAAGGAAGGACAAGGGACGCAUUUCAAAGUCGGUUGCUAUACCUGUUAUCUUGGCUACUGUUGCUCUUUUGCCAUUUUUUAACUACUAA